AUGAAUGUGGUAGGCGUAUUUUCUAGGGAAACAAUCGAAGGUGAUAUGAGAAUUCCAUUAGUAGCUGAUGAUAAGUUUAUAUGGAAUUUAACAAAGAAUGGUAUCUUCACCUUAAAAUCCACAUAUAACAAGCUGCAUGAGGAGAGUUUGGGAGCUAUACAGGUGUCAACAACUAUCCAACAUACUAAUGUCAGAUGGAAGCAGUUGUGGGAUAUUAAUACCUGGCCGAGAGUGAAACAUUUCUGGUGGAAAUGCUUAUCUGAUUCCCUUCCAUCAAGAGUCAGAGUCUCAAGAAACGGUGGAUCCAUAAAUCAGAUUUUCCCUUUCUGCAACCAAACUGAUGAAUCCUUCAUGCAUGAUCAUUUCAAAUGGAUAAAUACUGCCAUGAUUGUUUCAUGGACCAUAUGGAAUGAGCGCUGCGAAGUUAUAUUCCAAAACAAGAAAGUCGAUCCCAUUGCUACUGCCAGAAAAGCACUGAGCUUUGCCAACUACAUUGAAAAUCUCUAUACUGUCGCUAUGACCAGCAAACAUAGUGACAUGAUGAUUAGAAUUAAUAAACCUUUAUGGAAACCCCCUGCAUAUCCUUUUCUUUCCAUGAAUUGUGAUGCUUCUUUUAACAAAAACACGGGACUAACAGGAAUUGCUCUUAUUUUGCGUGACUAUGCAGGCAACUGGAGGGGAUGCAAAUCCAAAUGUUAUGCAAGAAUAAAGGGUUCUGAAGAGGCAGAAUGUCUAGCAUUCUCGGAGGCAGUGAACUGGAGUCUGAAGCUACAUCACUCGCAUAUAGUUUUUGAGACUGAUCUACAAGGGAUUUAA